UGUGGAUCCUCUGGGGAGCCUCAACAACAUCAUGAAGCUGACGAGGCAGAGAAAGGUCUCUCCAGAUCAGAACACCUCAAGAAACACCAGCGGGAACCCACAGGAAAGAAACCUCACUGCUGCUCUGACUGUGGGAAACGUUUCAAGUCUUCAUCAGAAUUGAAAAAACACCAGCGAGUACACACAGGAGAGAAACCUUAUAGAUGUAAUCAAUGUGGGAAGAGUUUUACUCAGUCAAGCCACCUGGUAUCACACCAGAGGACACACACAGGAGAGAAGCCUUAUAGCUGUGAUCAGUGUGGCAAGAGUUUUACUCAGUCAAGUAGCCUGGUAUCACACCAGAGAACACACACAGGAGAGCAGCCAUAUAGCUGUGAUCAGUGUGGCAAGGGUUUUACUCUGUCAACCAACCUGGUAUCACACCAGAGAACACACACAGGAGAGCAGCCAUAUAGCUGUGAUGUAUGUGCGGAUAGUUUUACUACAUCAAGCCAGCUGGUAGUACACCAGCGAGUACACACAGGAGAGAAACCUUAUAGCUGUAAUCAGUGUGGGAAGAGUUUUACUCAGUCAAACAGCCUGAAAUCACACCAGAGAACACACACAGGAGAGAAACCGUAUAGCUGUGAUCAAUGUGACAAGAGAUACUCUCAUUCAAAUGGUCUGAUUAAACAUCAUAAAAUACAUGCAGGAGAUCCACGGAGUGUAGAAUGACCUCCAACACCAGACCUGGGUAGUAGAACACAGAGUGUGGAAUGACCUACAACACCAGACCUGGAUAGUAGAACACAGAGUGUAGAAUGACCUCCAACACCAGACCUGGGUAGUAGAAA